AUCUGUAUUUGGAAAGAGAGGAUCAUUCAAAAAAAGGCGAGAGUAGAAAGAGCCAAAGAGCGUCGUUCCUUCUUCCCAAGUGCUUACUAGUAAAACACAACCAAGCUAAAUUCAGCGGUAAGGAUUUUUGGGGGCAUUUUCAAAAUUUUUCCAGAAAUUCAACUCAAUUUCUCACUCGCUAGGACGAAAGGAGUAUAUUGUAACAUCAGAUUUGAUCCAAUGUGGAAUCUCGUUGAUGGAGAUACAACAAACUUCAUGAUAAAAGAGAACUUGUGGCUUGGGAACUGUGAAAUCUGAGAAGAUUAAUUUGGUUGAGUACAUGCAAAGAAGAGCAGGCCAAAUUAAUGAAGGAAAAAGGCUUACACCAUUUUGGGCCGGAUAGACUAUCCAAAGUUUGAUGCUUGUUCUAUGUAGCUCUCUAGCCAGUCACAAGGCUCCCAUCCUUAAAACGUUACAAUAUAUAUAUUCUUGGAUCUUGAUAUCCCUAAUUUUUCUCACCAAAACAUUUGCUCCAAGUUCAAGCUGCAAUUUGAGAUUGUGCCAUUAUUGAAUUGACUGGACAGAUAUAUAUAGGACAUGUCUACUGACACUGCAAAGGAAAAUGCCUCCAUUGUUGAUUCUUCUGUAUCCCGGAAGCAUGAUGCCAAGAAUUUGGAAGAACCAGACAGUUCCAGCUGUAGAGCAAAUGAGGAGAGAGACCCACCUAGGACAGAAGAUAAGGGGCACAGUGCUUUGAUGAACAAUUCAGAUAUGGUUUUAAAAGAUACGAAGUACUUUAUCAUUAAGAGCUUGAAUCAUGAAAAUAUCCAACUCUCAGUUGAAAAGGGAAUCUGGGCUACCCAACUCAUGAAUGAGCCCGUACUGGAAGAAGCUUUUCAUAAAUGUCGUAAAGUAAUUCUGAUAUAUAGUGUUAAUUCAAGCGGAUUCUUCCAAGGGUAUGCACAGAUGAUGUCUUCUGUUGGCCGGAGGCGGGAGAAUGUUUGGACACAAGGAACUGGUGCUAAUAAUCCAUGGGGGCGCAGUUUCAGAGUCAAAUGGUUGCGUUUAAGUAAUUUGCCAUUCCACAAAACUAUCCAUCUGAAAAAUCCACUGAAUGAAUACAAACCUGUCAAAAUAAGCAGAGAUUGCCAGGAGGUACCUCCAGAAAUUGGGGAAGCACUUUGUCAACUUAUUGAUAGAGAACCUGAAGAGGACCCAAGUCUGAAAAGGGACGCAUUUGUUGUGAGGAGGCCUGGUGUGGAAUCUGGAUAUUGUUUUCCUGAAGAGGGGUAUGUUGCUCCUUCUAUGGAUAUGACUUGGACCACAAAAUCCAUGCUCUACUCAUCUUAUCUAUAUCAAUAUCAUACUGAAGCAAGUGGGUCCCUUAUCGCACACCAUGAACCUGUUGGAUUAUAUCCUCCCAAGAGUCUGCCUAUCUCAGGAAGUAAAGGUUCACUGACUAGGCAAGCCCAUUGUAAAGGAAGUGCUUUAGACUCACCAGCUGAUCACAAAGUUUCUUCUCAAGUUGAUGGCAUGCGGAUGUCUGGUGAAAUGAGUCCUCUGUGUAGUACUCUUUCUGAAGAUGAGUUUCUUGAAAUGUCUUAUGAAGAAUAUCUGGAGGCUCAUACUAGAAGCAUCAAGCAGGCUGGCAGAAUAUCACAUGGAAAAGAAGAUUCAUCGAGUAAAGAGCGUGAUCUUGAUGACUUACAAAGUCACAGUGAACAUGGCAGUUCUCGCAAAAGGUCUCGUCGUUGAUCUUCCUGUAUCUUUAUCUUUGGUGCCAAAGGAGGGUGAAUUUGCAAAAUCAGUCUGGUGUCAAGUUGCUGGCUUCGUGGUGAUACUUGUCUAUCAAGAUUUUCGAAGCAUAUACAGGAUUAUUAUGAGUUUUCUCCAGAACAUAGAAUUUAUAUUUCUUGUGCCUUUGUUCUGGCUGUAACAUAUUUAUGUAACUAUAUAUAGCACAUUGGUUGUAGGAUUAGAACCAAGUUGUACAGGAAAACAGCAUUUAUUCACCCCUGCUGGUUUUUUGGUGGAUAGGGUUUUGGGAUAGGAAAAAAUAGGUAUUGGCUAUAUAGCUUCAUUGAAUUCAUUUAAGCUGACAAAACCCUUCAUUUUUAGUGAAUUAGAGAACAAUAUUGGGGAUUCGAAAUCCUAGAGGUGUAAUUGUCAAUUGCCAGCUUUUAAGAUGCUAGUGAGUAGUGAGAUAAUUUAGGAGACUUCUCUCUCAAAACUACAAUAUAUUCUGAUGGAUCUAAUAAACUAGUCUUCAUAAAGAAUUGAACCUUUGUCUGGAGUCUGAUCCCUUGAAGAACAUAAGGCCCUUUAUGACUUGGGUGGAAUUACUUAAUUUUUUUUUUUUUUUUUUUUUUUUUUUUUUUUUUUUUGUGGAAAUCAGAAUUACUUAACUAAUUGUAGUCAGUCAUCUUGAAAAUGAAGACACUCAGAUUUGUGAGAAGAAAGAAUUUGACUAUUUAGGUUGAGACUGUAAAUUAUUGUAAUAUUGGAUAAAGCUUUUUGUUUUUC